CGAAAAGCAGGAAGUUGGCAACAGUGCUAAUCUUGUAAUCAUUUUCUUUGUUGUGAUCCUGUUCUGAUAUUUCAAUCUUCAUUGUCCAAUUGGAUUUAUAGAAUUUAAUAAACAAUAAUUUUUGUAUAGAAUUUAUCAUUUAACAUCAAAGACAUGUCUGCAUCAGAACGCUUUGACAUAGAAAAAGUGGCAAAAAUAUUCCAGGAUUGUUUGCAUGAUAGUGAUGAUGUGUUACUAGAUUCCUAUUUGGAGGCUUAUGAGGAGAUCAAUAAGUUUUUCCAAUUGAUGGGCACGGUAUUCGGAUUUGUGAGUAGCGACGUGCGCAGUAAAAUCGAUAUACUCUGUGAGUACAGGCGAAAUGAAUCAACUGGAGAACGUUUUGUGACUAUUAAAACAAUGAUAUCCUACGAAAAAGAUGAGGAGCUUCUUAAGGAUAAUAGCUAUGUGUCAGGCUGUCGGACGCUUCUACGAUUACAUAGAGGAUUGGAAUUUAUAUAUGAGUUUCUUAGAAGAUUGUCCGAGUUAAAUGAAUGUGAUAAGGCACACGCGUGCUGCAAGAGUGCAUACAACGAUACCUUAGCGAAACAUCAUCCGUGGGUGGUACGCAAAGGAGCUGUGGUCGCUAUGUACGCUCUACCUACACAGGGUGAAUUACUAAAACGCGUGUGUAUGAAUGUAACGCGUGCAAUUGAGGUGCUACCCGAAAUGCUCAAGCACACAAAAUCUGUGUACGAUCGUGUUGAACUUCUUUAUAGUGACAACGAUCUCCACGGGUUACCCUAAAUAAAAUGAAUUUGAAUUUAAUUAGAGCAUUCCAAAUGUUAAGUUGAGGCAAAUAUCGGAUCGCAAAUGUAAUAUUUAGUAUUUUUUUCGCGACAGUAUGCCUCUAAGCAACUUUUGAGCAAAUAGUUACAAUUUAAGUACAUCAAGUAUUCUAUUUCACUUGCGCUGAUUCUUGCUUUAAUAAUUUUAUCUUAUUUAAGAUUAAGGUUCAAUGUUUAAACUAGUAAA